AUGGACGACGUACGAAUUGAGUGGAUACGAAACGAAGUUUACUUGGCUUUGGAAAUCGCUGACACAGACGUGUUUGAGGAUUUGUUGAACAGAGAUGAUGGUGUGAAUGAAAGCUUGAUACAGAAAUAUUUAAACGAGACUCCUGCAGAAGGAACGGCGUUGAUUUUACAUUCGCAAAUCGUCGAGGAAGAAGAGGAGAUUGAAAUUGAAAUAGGUUGAAAAAGAUUAAAUGUUUAAAAAAUUUCAUUUUCCCAUGGCAAAAACAUCACAGCACAAUAGUUUUGACCCACCUAUGCACAGAUUGAAAAUUCUAACCUUAACCCCUACCACUUGUGGAACAGGUCCACAAAGUGGGACAAAAUCAAUAUUUUGUUGAUGGCCUAAGGUCUAGGAAUCUGAGUCAUACCCAUGUUCAAAGUACCACACAAAAUGUCAAUUUGAUAUUGGGUAUGAUGUCAAAUUGAUGUUUUGCUGUUAAACGUCAAUUUGAUAUAGCCUAUGUUAAAUUGAUAUUUUGCUGAAAAACAUCAAUUUGACAUAGCCUGUGUCAAAUUGAUGUUUUGCUGUUAACGUAUUGUUUGACAGAGUAAAAUAAUAAACCGCUAGGGCACAUUACGGCACAAUGCAACGGUUUUAAUGGAUAAUUACACUACACUUUCAAUGUUUCAGAGCCUGAAAUUCCAGUAAUUCCUGAUGGAGAUGAACUGCUAGAGGGUGAAGGUAGUUCCAUCAAUGAACUUGGUGAACCUCUGAUGAAUGGUACCAUGCAGCCAGAUGAAAUACUGGUCAAUGGUGACUUGAAUGGUGGUGGUGAGGUGAAUCCUGAAACAGGUGAAGCCAUACAGGAGGAAAAACCAGCAGAUGAAAAUGAGGAGGAUGCUGGGAAAUUUAAAUUUACACCAGUGACA